GCUGCUCUGUUUCUCCUCCGCAACGGACGCACACACGCACGCACGCGCUCCUGUCCGCGCGCGCGCGCUCGCGCAACUACGGUUCUGCUCGUGCACUCGGACUUGAGACCUGGUUUCUGACUUGUACUUUUUUUACACUCUGUAUUUUAUAGUAAAAAAAAAAGUGAUGAAAGCUGCAAGGACAUCCGAUGUUCAAUGCAUUUGACGGGUGCAUUGAACUCACAACAUCGGAUCGGACGCGCGCGCACACACACACACACACACACACACACACACACGAACACACAAACUUACGGACUUUCAGAUGUGUUCACGUCGCUCCAGAUAUCUUCACAACCCCCUUUUCGAGCAACGAUGGAGCCGAGAGCCCGGGACGGUGGCAGUGGCCUUUUCACCCUCCACCAGAUCCAAACUGUUCACUCUUGCAACGAGUACACUGAGAGUCCUACGAACUGGCCCCGCCCACAAGUCUCUGACUCUGCUCAGGUAGAAGGUCCAGAUGAUCACACUCAGGAUUCUUCGCAUUCGCCUCAAAGUGCGCGGAGGUCUACCGAGAUUGAAACAUCGUCGGAACAACGGACUGUGGAAGGCGAAACCGUAGUCAAAGAACAGCCGGAGAUAUUCGAACCGGAUGCACAAAUGGGAAUUUUUGUUAUAUGCACGCAGGAGCUAAGCCUUUCGGGAACUUCGGGACAAAAAGUGACAGCAGUGGAGGAACAACCAAGUAGCUUUGACUCGAAGCAGGACGUGUUGGAGGUGGCCAGCAGCUGCAUCUCAGAGCAGAGAAGUCUGGCAAGCGUAGAUAAGCCAGAUGUUGCGAUAAGGGAGCAACCCAAAAGCAGCGACUCGAAAGAGGAAGAGAUGAAGCUGCUGGGAAGCUCUUCCACAGAUCACAACUUGGAAUCGAAACAGGAAACGACGAAGCAACAAAACAAGAAGCACCCAAGCCCAUGUGAUCGCUGCAGGCGAUGCAAGUGCAGGGACUGCGCUGCUGCCACACCACUUCCGAGCUGCUGGCUGUGCGGCCGCCGCUGCCUGUGCUCGGCCGAGGCAGUAGUGGAGUACAGCACCUGUGUGUGCUGCCUCAAAGCCGUGCUCUACCACUGCUCCAGUGACGACGAGGACUCCAGCGCCGACGCCCCGUUUUCCUGCCGUGAGUCCCGGAGGUGUACGCGAUGGAGCACGGCCGCAGCCAUGGCUUUCUUCCUGCCCUGCCUGUUGUGUUAUGGACCAGCCCGAGGCUGCUUGGCACUGUGCCAACUCUGCCAUAACUGCACCCACCGGACUGGCUGUAGAUGCAAGGAUCUAAAAGUUGCUCAAGGCUUCUGAUUGGGUUUUACUUUGUUGUUUAGGCACUGAUGGAGAUGGUGUUGGUUUGUUAUGUAUUUGGUGUGUGUUCUCCUUUUUAAUAAUAGGUGGCAAGCCAUGUCUUGUUUUUAAUUUUGUAAUAAUAAUAUAUGUUACAUGUGUUAUGUAAUAUAAUAAUGUUAUACACCGACCAGGCCUAACAUAAUAAUAUCAUAACAUUAUGACCGGUAAAGUGAUUAGCAUUGAUUAUCUCUUCAUCAUGGCCCCUGUUAGUGGGAGGGAUUUAUUAGGCAGCAAAGGAACAUUUGGUCCUCAAUUUUAAUGUGCAGGAAAAAUGGGCGUGUAAAGAUUUAAGCAAGUUUAACGAGGGCCAAAAUGUGACGUCUAGACAACUGGGUCACUGGCGGCCGAGGCUCAUUGAUGCAAGUGGGGAGCGAAGGCUGGCGACUUCCUGUAACAGACGAGCUUCUGUAGCUCAAAUUGCUGAAGAAGUUAAUGCUGUUAAUGCUUGGUGGUUAAGGACUGUUUUGGCAGCUGAAGGGGGACCAACACAAUAUUAGGGAGGUGGUCAAAAUGAUUAGUGAUUUUUAAAUUCUUUUUUAAAAUCGUUUUUAAACCAUUCCUUGUAUUUUCGCCUCAAUUUGGCUCACGUUUUUAUUUCAAAUGUUUUGGAAAGUUCUGGUUGUGUGACAGUAGACAACACUGUAGACCAAAAGCACAACGGAGUGCAGAGUAUAUUUACUUUUACUUAUGUAUGGCAUUUUAUGGCCCUUAUUCAGAGCGAUAUACAUUUAUCUCUUCAUACUUCAUUCUUCAUCUAAGCAGCUAUAGGGUUAAGUGCCUUGUUUAGGGGCCCUGGGGUGGUCGCUUGGUGUGGCUGGGAUGAAUUUGCAAUCUUUACAAACUUUAGACCCAAAAUCCAAUGCCUUAAUCACUAAGGUAUCAACCUUCACCUAUAUUUUUCGUUUGCAGUGUAGACAGGCCGACCUGUUUAUAAUUCUGAUUUAUAUUUUUGUUGUCAUGGUUAUUUGUUUGUUGACAGAAUGUAGGUUUAACACUGUACAAAGUGAGAAGCGGCGAAACUCAGUGAUCCCCCCCCAGACUCAUGAAUUUAAGUAUUUUUAACUCAGGAAUUAGAUUGGCUUUGACUCAUGAUACUGAUUUGAUUUGUCUCACAAAUGAUUUUGAUUAAAAUUUUACCUAGAUUUUUUAUUUUGGUUAACUAAAGUCAAAAUGUUUAUUAAUGUUGAUAUAACUAGCAAUAACACUUUUCACAAUUUUUACACUUAAAGCUAUUUAUAAAUUACUCAUUGGAUAAGUGCCUCAGAGAUUUUUUUAUUUUUUACAUUUGAGCUGUGAAAAAAAGUGCCACGUUAUACCUGGACACGUCGAAAGAUCUUUAUACAUUAAACAUUUAUGGAGCGUUUAUUGUAUUUUAUGUAAAUUUGAGAUUUUUUCAAGGGUUGAUUUAUUCCUGGAGCAAUACUUGUAAUAUUGUACAGUGAAAAACAAAAUUGAUGCUCUAAUGUUUAAAAGAUAUUUAUUUUUAAGUUUUUAUUGUGCAAAACAAGUAUUUAUUUUUACAGAGGCACCUAUCAUGCUAACGUUGAGAAACGUGAAUGCUGUAUAUAAUGCAAAUAAGAGUGUGUGAAAGUUAUAUUCAUGAUGAAGCAGAAAAUAUAUUAAUGUUGUUGAAGUUGA